CCCUCAUCCUCUCCUACGCAUCAUCCGCGCCCAUCCGAGCCUAAUAAUUCAUUAGAUUGACCACCAUACCACUUUCCUUUGUCGAUCACACUAGCAAAGCUGCCAUUCAUUUUACUCACUCUCUCGGCUUCGCUUUCCUGGUUUAUAGGCCAGCCAGUGGGGUUCAACUUUGGUACUUCCCGAGAGAUUGUCAAUUUGGUCCAGGCGCAAACAGUCUAAUUUGCGGUGACCAGUCUGUUAAGGCAAUUUUCACGCACGCUCGGCUCUCAUCUGACGCACUUCACCUAAAAGGGUAAUCCAACAGUCAUCAUGAACUCUGACCGGCCAUCGUUCACAAGCCGAUGGAAAGUACGAGAUAUCACUCAGCCCAUUACAAAAUCGGCACACGAAUUUGUCCACGGAGUAAACCACCAGGUUUCUCAUAUUCUAGGCCAAUCGGGCCGUUGUCCUGAACGUCGCUUCCGCGGAGACCAACGAGCCGUGCUGAAUUCACCUAGUGGCCUGCCGUCCCCGGCAUAUGACGGGAUGGCUACGCAUGUUAUUCAGAUUCCAUCUAUGACAGACGCCGCCCUCUGCUAUCCCAACUACACCCAGGACGCACAGUCAAGACAAUCGGCCUACCAGUUCCCUAUGGACCAUUACGGGCCCGAGACACAUCCUGACGGCUUUCACUUUAUGGAAAAUGGCUGGCAACAACCACAACACUCGACGCAGUAUAUAAACAUGGAGCCUGAAAGCCCACCUCCAUUCUCUCCUUCAUACUCAUCGUCAUCACCAUCAACACCAGUAUUUCGUCAACACAUUCCAGUCCGUGCUCAUCAGUAUCAUCCAAAUUUGUCAUUCGUGAACCCACCCACCUCGUCAGCUGUGCCGCCGAUCAGUGAACCCUUUCAAACACCUUUACACCCUCGCUUCCGUCCGCAUUACCCAUUUGCUCCUCAUACUUCUGUAAGACCUUCAGGCGCCUUUCAUUCGCCCGAGAGUCCUGGGUUUCCAUCUAUCUGUUCUCCGACCCACUCGGAUCACUUUCAUUCCAACUUUCAUCCAAAAAUCCCCCAGUAUCAACAUCAGUUUGCACUUCAUUCUCACUCUCAGUCGCCAUCAUCCUCUGUGCCUCGCUCAUUUCUAGCAGAUCAGCAACAACAGAAUCAUCAAGCGUUUUUUGAGUUACAGCCCUCACCUGUCUUCAAUUUGCACUCUACCAAACGGCCCCUCAACGUAUCGUCAAAUUCGUCAUCCGGUCAUUCUCAUCGAACGCUCUUUUCAGCUUCCUCACCUAAACAUCAAGUUCCCAAUCGAAUCGAGUGUCAAGGUUUAUUUGACCACCUUCAACCUUUCCUUUAUUCAGCCGAUCCUUUCAGUUUAGAAAACUCACCGGAAUUAAAUAAUCCUCACGCACUUGUUUUCCCUACCGCUAAACAAGAACUCGAUCCAGAUUUUCGUCGAUUUCCAAAAG